CUAAACUGAUCAAUCCACCACAUGCGGGCUGGCUGAUGUGGCUGAAUUUAUAAACUCUACGGACAAAAAGAGAACGAGAAAAAGUCACCGGCAUAAAUCGCACUCAGUCGAUCACCACGAAGCCCUGUAACGCGGAACAUUACAGGGUUGUUGCCCCUCUGCACCGCCGCCACGUGUCCUCCUUCAGCAGCCUUCCUUUUCCGGCCACAAUCACCGGUGCACUUCGGUAGUUGAUGGGCCAUGGCCGAACCAUUGGCACCGGAAACUGGAUUGAGAGGGAAGAAGAUUUGGAGAAUGAUCUUUGCUGUUUCUGGAAUAAUGACUACGCUUGUCAUCUAUGGCCUAUUACAGGAGAAGAUUAUGAGAGUUCCAUAUGGGGUAAACAAGGAGUAUUUUAGGUACUCACUAUUUCUUGUUUUCUGCAACCGCCUUACAACAUCGGCUGUCUCUGCUGGGUUUUUGUUGGCAAGUCAAAAGGCGUUGAAUCCUGUUGCUCCAGUUUAUAAGUAUUGCCUCAUAUCUGUCUCAAACAUUCUAACCACAACAUGUCAGUAUGAGGCCCUCAAGUAUGUGAGCUUCCCAGUUCAGACGCUUGCAAAGUGCGCUAAGAUGAUACCUGUUAUGAUUUGGGGCACCAUCAUCAUGCAAAAGAGAUACAAGGGAUCUGACUAUUUGUUUGCUUUGCUAGUGACACUGGGUUGUUCAAUAUUUAUAUUAUUUCCGGCUGGUACAGACAUUAGUCCUUACAACAGAGGGAGGGAAAACACUGCAUGGGGUGUUUCCUUGAUGGUUGGCUAUCUUGGGUUUGAUGGCUUUACUAGCACAUUUCAAGAUAAGCUUUUCAAAGGCUAUGAUAUGGAAAUACACAAUCAAAUAUUCUACACAACACUGUGUUCUUGUGUUCUCAGCUUAACAGGUCUACUACUAGAAGGACAUCUACUUCUAGCAAUAGAUUUUGUUUAUCGCCAUAAUGAUUGUUUCUUGGACAUUGUGUUACUUUCUACUGUAGCUACCACCAGUCAGUUCUUCAUUUCUUACACAAUUAGAACAUUUGGUGCCCUCACAUUUGCCACCAUAAUGACCACAAGACAGCUGUUGAGCAUCAUGCUGUCAUGUGUGUGGUUUGCCCAUCCACUUAGCUGGGAACAGUGGAUUGGAGCAGUUAUUGUUUUUGGUUCUCUAUAUGCGAAAAGCUUCUUAAGAAAUGUACCAAAGCCUCCACCUCCUGAAUUUCCUAUGGAAAACAUACGAAAUGGUGCAUCUAAUCCUGUGAAGGGGAACCCUUGAUAAAUUUCCUCCUUUGAUAAAAUUACUCAAUAAUAAUCUUCUAGCUUAACAAUGUUUUGCAGAAGUUGCAAUCAGUAGUUGCAACCUCUAAUUGUCAGGUGAAGGAGGAAGUUGAAGUUAUUGGUGUAAAGCAGCAUUUUGUAGAUUGUGAACUUGGGAUGAACAACAUGGCAGCAAAUACAGGUAACAGAAUUGAAGAGAUAUUUGAUGACCCCCCAAUUUUUCUGUAGGGACAAUAACUAUAGAUAGACUACAGAAAGAAAAGAAGUUUUUUUUCCCGUUUUGAUUUCGUGUUUUGUUGCUUGCAUACAAAUGAUGUAGAAGAUGUAUUAUCAGCUACACAUUGGAUUUUCCUCUGACAAAAAACGAGAUCAAAAUGAAAGCAAAAUGAUUUAAAGCUUUUUUUGAGUCAA